GCCCCAGCAGGGCUGCGGCUGCAGGCAGGCAGAGCCUCCUAGCCCGUCGGUGUCUGCGCCCAUCGAUCCCUUUGUCUAUCCCCGAGCAUGGCGAAGCUGAUUGCGCUCACCCUCUUGGGGAUGGGACUGGCACUCUUCAGGAACCACCAAUCUUCUUACCAAACACGACUUAAUGCUCUCCGAGAGGUACAACCCGUAGAACUUCCUAACUGUAAUUUAGUUAAAGGAAUCGAAACUGGCUCUGAAGACUUGGAGAUACUGCCUAAUGGACUGGCUUUCAUUAGCUCUGGAUUAAAGUAUCCUGGAAUAAAGAGCUUCAACCCCAACAGUCCUGGAAAAAUACUUCUGAUGGACCUGAAUGAAGAAGAUCCAACAGUGUUGGAAUUGGGGAUCACUGGAAGUAAAUUUGAUGUAUCUUCAUUUAACCCUCAUGGGAUUAGCACAUUCACAGAUGAAGAUAAUGCCAUGUACCUCCUGGUGGUGAACCAUCCAGAUGCCAAGUCCACAGUGGAGUUGUUUAAAUUUCAAGAAGAAGAAAAAUCGCUUUUGCAUCUAAAAACCAUCAGACAUAAACUUCUGCCUAAUUUGAAUGAUAUUGUUGCUGUGGGACCUGAGCACUUUUAUGGCACAAAUGAUCACUAUUUUCUUGACCCCUACUUACGAUCCUGGGAGAUAUAUUUGGGUUUAGCGUGGUCGUAUGUUGUCUACUAUAGUCCAAGUGAAGUUCGAGUGGUGGCAGAAGGAUUUGAUUUUGCUAAUGGAAUCAACAUUUCACCUGAUGGCAAGUAUGUCUAUAUAGCUGAGUUGCUGGCUCAUAAGAUUCAUGUGUAUGAAAAGCAUGCUAAUUGGACUUUAACUCCAUUGAAGUCCCUUGACUUUAAUACCCUCGUGGAUAACAUAUCUGUGGAUCCUGAGACAGGAGACCUUUGGGUCGGAUGCCAUCCCAAUGGCAUGAAAAUCUUCUUCUAUGACUCAGAGAAUCCUCCUGCAUCAGAGGUGCUUCGAAUCCAGAACAUUCUAACAGAAGAACCUAAAGUGACACAGGUUUAUGCAGAAAAUGGCACAGUGUUGCAAGGCAGUACAGUUGCCUCUGUGUACAAAGGGAAACUGCUGAUUGGCACAGUGUUUCACAAAGCUCUUUACUGUGAGCUCUAACAAACAGACCGAUCUGCACCCAUGCCAUAGAAACUGAGGCCAUUAUUUCAACCGCUUGCCAUAUUCCGAGGACCCAGUGUUCUUAGCUGAACAAUGAAUGCUGACCCUAAAUGUGGACAUCAUGAAGCAUCAAAGCGCUGUUUAACUGGGAGUGAUAUGAUGUGUAGGGCUUUUUUUUGAGAAUACACUAUCAAAUCAGUCUUGGAAUACUUGAAAACCUCAUUUACCAUAAAAAUCCUUCUCACUAAAAUGGAUAAAUCAGUUAUGUCAAUUGUCAGAUAUUAAAUAACAGUGUGUGACCCCAAAAGUACUUACCCUAAAACAUGUGUUGCCUGAAAGCACGUGUGUAUCGCUGCCUUGCCAUGUCUUGUUCAGAAGACACAGGGGAGCAGGGUUAGCUCACGUGUCUUUAGAACUCCAGUACUCACCCAGGGACUCCAGUUCACAGGCCAGAAAACAUAUGCAUUAUGAAGUUCCCCUCUACUCCAUGCACAUAGUAAGUCUGACUAUGGCAGUCAGACUUACUCCCAUUUUCCCUUUGAUAUAUGACUUUCUCAGUAAAUAUUAACCUGAAUUAUUCCAA